CACAAGCAGAACCCUAACCUUUCUUCUCCUACCUUUCACUAUCCCCUGACCUGACCUGCCGUAGCGCGCUGCCGCCGCCGCAUCUCCAACGCCGGCCGCCGGCAGGCACAAGCGCCGCCGCCAAACCACCACGCCACCCCUCGGCUCCACCCACCCGGCCAACCCCGCCGCAUCUGCGACCCCGGGCGCCGGCAGCCGCAAGGCACAGCACCGCCGCCGCACCCCCACGUCGGCAAUCGCCAGUUCGCCGCCCACCCCGACCCCUCGCCAUGGAGAAGCAGCUUGACGACAAGGAGCUGGAGCUGGAGCGGGAGCGGGAGCGGAAGCAGAAGAAAGAGCAGAAGGCAAGGGAGAAGGAGGAGAAGAAACUCAAGGCAAAGCAGAAGGAGGCGGCUAGGCUCCAGGUUGCUCAGGCUGCUUCGGAUGGACCUAAGAAGAGCGAGAAGAAGCAGAAGAAGAAAGCUGCAGAGGAUGAGAACCCCGAGGAUUUCGUGGACCCUGAGACCCCGAGCGGGGAGAAGAAGUCGCUCGCGCCUCAAAUGGCCAAGCAAUAUAGCCCAAGUGCAGUUGAGAAAUCGUGGUAUGCCUGGUGGGAAUCAGCAGGAUAUUUCGGGGCAGACCCGGCAAGCUCAAAACCACCCUUUGUUAUAGUUCUACCACCUCCGAAUGUGACUGGAGCGCUUCACAUAGGCCAUGCACUUACAGUGGCUAUAGAGGAUGCUAUGAUACGCUGGCGGAGAAUGUCAGGCUAUAAUGCUCUGUGGGUCCCAGGAGUGGACCAUGCUGGCAUUGCUACACAGGUUGUAGUAGAAAAGAAGCUAAUGCGUGAAAAGGAGCUGACAAGGCAUGACUUAGGCCGUGACAAAUUCAUAUCUGAAGUUCUGAAAUGGAAAGAUCAGUACGGCGGUACCAUAUUGGGUCAAUUACGUAGGCUUGGGGCCUCGCUUGAUUGGUCCCGUGAGUGUUUCACAAUGGAUGAGCAAAGAUCAAAAGCUGUAACUGAAGCUUUUGUCAGGUUGCACAAAGAUGGCCUAAUUUAUAGAGAUUAUCGCCUUGUGAAUUGGGAUUGCACGCUUCGAACAGCAAUAUCUGACAUAGAGGUUGAUCAUUUAGAGCUUAAAGACGAAACUAUGCUGAAGGUCCCUGGUUAUGCCACUCCUGUACAGUUUGGUGUGUUGAUAUCUUUUGCCUAUCCUCUUGAACAAGGACUUGGUGAGAUUAUUGUUGCAACAACAAGAAUUGAAACAAUGCUUGGUGAUACUGCAAUUGCUGUUCAUCCUGAGGAUAAAAGGUAUAAGCAUCUGCAUGGAAAGCAUGCAAUUCACCCCUUCAAUGGCCGAAAACUCAAAAUAAUCUGCGAUGCUGUGUUAGUGGAUCCCACUUUCGGUACUGGGGCUGUCAAGAUUACACCUGCCCAUGAUCCAAAUGACUUUGAGGUUGGAAAACGACACAACCUGGAGUUCAUCAAUAUCUUCACAGAUGAUGGAAACAUAAAUAGCAAUGGAGGUGUACAAUUUGAAGGAAUGCCAAGAUUUGCUGCUCGGGUUGCUGUUAUUGCUGCACUGAAGGAAAAGGGUUUGUACAAGGAAACGAAGAAGAAUGAAAUGAGUUUGGGCCAUUGUUCUAGAAGUAAUGAUAUAGUGGAACCUAUGCUAAAACCCCAAUGGUUUGUCAAUUGCCAUACGAUGGCAAAGUCAGGUCUUGAUGCUGUAAGGUCCGGAAAAAUUGAGAUAAUUCCGCAACAAUAUGAACAAGACUGGUACAGAUGGCUUGAAAAUAUACGUGAUUGGUGUGUUUCAAGGCAACUCUGGUGGGGACAUCGUGUUCCUGCGUGGUAUGUGACACUAGAGGAUGAUCAGUUCAAUGAUCUGGGAUCUGACAACGACCGUUGGAUAGUCGCACGAAAUGAGUGUGAUGCAAUCCUUGAGGCACAGAAAAAGUAUCCAGGAAAGAAAUUCCAGUUAAAUCAAGACCCUGAUGUUCUGGAUACGUGGUUUUCAUCUGGUCUUUUCCCAUUGACAGUCCUUGGUUGGCCAGAUGAUACUGCUGAUCUUCGUGCUUUCUACCCUGGUUCAGUACUUGAAACUGGACUUGAUAUUCUCUUCUUCUGGGUGGCACGGAUGGUUAUGAUGGGCAUGCAACUUGGUGGCGAUGUGCCAUUUCAGAAGGUCUAUUUGCAUCCUAUGAUCCGUGAUGCACAUGGCCGCAAAAUGUCCAAGUCACUUGGCAACGUCGUUGACCCCCUUGAGGUGAUAAACGGUGCAACACUUGAAGAGCUCCUCAAACGUUUGGAAGAAGGCAACCUGGAUCCAAAUGAACUAAUCAUUGCAAGAGAAGGGAAGAAGAAAGAUUUUCCUGAUGGCAUUGCUGAAUGUGGCACUGAUGCGCUACGUUUCGCACUGAUUUCUUACACUUCCCAGUCUGACAAGAUAAAUCUGGAUAUCAAGAGGGUUGUUGGAUAUCGGCAAUGGUGCAAUAAAUUGUGGAAUGCUAUUCGAUUUGCAAUGGGCAAGCUUGGUGAUCAUUACACUCCACCGGCUACUAUUGCUGUGUCUCCAAUGCCUCCAAUCUGCAAAUGGAUACUCUCAGUACUUAAUAAGGCUAUUGGCAAGACUGUAACCUCAUUAGAAGCAUACAAGUUUGCUGAUGCAACGUCUGCUAUAUACUCAUGGUGGCAGUACCAGCUAUGUGAUGUAUUUAUAGAAGCUGUGAAACCGUACUUCUUCAAUGACUCUCAAGAGUUCCAUUCAGCAAGAGCUGCUUGUAGAGAUGCCCUAUGGGUUUGCCUCGACACUGGUUUGCGCCUGCUCCACCCAUUCAUGCCUUAUGUAACAGAAGAACUCUGGCAGCGUCUUCCUCAGCCCAAAGAAUCUCGCAGGAAAAAUUCCAUUAUGAUAACAGAAUAUCCAUCUGUUGUUACGGAAUGGGCAGAUGACAAACUUGAAAGUGAAAUUGAUGUUGUCUUGGAUACUGUGAACAAACUUAGAUCUCUGAAGCCACCAACAGAUACAAAUGAAAGGCGACCUGCUUUUGCACUUUGCCGAGGACAAGAUAUUGCUGCCACUGUUCAAUGCUAUCAAUCUCUAGCCGUGUCUCUUUCUUCUGUAUCAUCGCUCAAGAUUCUGACAGAGAGUGAUGAAACUCCACCGGACUGUUCAACUGCUGUUGUGAACAAAGAUCUGACUGUAUACCUUCAGCUUCAAGGGGCUCUAAAUGCAGAAGUGGAGCUCGAAAAACUAAGGAAAAAGAGAGAUGAAAUACAAAAGCUGCAGCAUGCCCUGUCCCAGAAGAUGGAUGCAUCCGGUUACAGAGAGAAGGCUCCACCGAGUGUCCAAGAGGAGGACAUGAGGAAACUCACCGCUUUUCUCGAGCAACUGCAGGUCAUCAGUGAAGCUGAGAAGAAACUGGAUUUGUGAAACUGGCAUUGUCUGUUUCUAACUUUUUGGUUUUGAGUUUUUUGCUUUCACGCAAAUUUGUUGAUGGUGGAGCUGUGCUCACACUUCGAGAAGUUUAACCGGAACAAUGAAACUCCAGUCUCUAACAAUUGCCGUAAUAUGUUGCUCGCUCAUGCAGAUUUGCUGUUGAUCUGCGAUGACAUUGAUUGACUAGCCUGUGACUAAUAGUUACUCUACUCAUGUAAAUCACAAUGGUAUAAUUUUUGGGAUACUUUAUAUUUUGUUUAUCAAAUUGAUGGUUAAAGUUUUUUCUGAUACUA